AUGGAGGGUGAGAGCAUUAGAGUUGGCCAAUCUUGCACCACAAAAAACCCCAUUCUAGAUAUCCAUAUUUUGGUUGUGGAUGAUGAUGCUACAUCUCUCGCCAUUGUUUCAGCCAUGCUUCGAACUAUGAGAUAUGGAGUUGUGACUGUGAGAAACGCCAUAGAUGCUUUGGCUACUCUUCGGAUGCAGAAGUUCGAUCUUGUUGUUACAGAUCUACACAUGCCUGAAAUGAAUGGUAUAGAAUUGCAACAGCGAGUCGCAGAAGAAUUCAAACUGCCUGUGAUUAUGAUGUCAGCGGAUGACGAGAAGAGUGUGAUAGUAGAAAGUUUGCAGCGUGGAGCUGCUUUCUAUAUGGUAAAACCAGUGCGCCCAGAUGAUCUGAAACAUGUAUGGCAGUAUGCUGUUCCUGGUAAAAAGGGCAAAUCUGUUGUUAUCGAAGAAAUAGGAAGCAUUCCAGAAGAAUCAUCGGGUGAGAAAGUAUCUUACGAGGGUAUAAAUUCUGCUUCGGCAACAUCAGCCGUGAAUCAUGAACAACAACAUGGUAAAAAGGAUCCCAAGAGAAAGGCACUCAAAAAGGGCAUUGAAAAUGAUCAUGUGGGUGAUCAAGAUAAUGCUGCUGCGCCUAAAAAGGCAAAGGUGGUUUGGACCACUUCACUCCACAACCGCUUCUUGCAAGCCAUAAGGCAUAUCGGCUUGGAAAAGGCUGUCCCGAAGAGGAUUCUGGAGUACAUGAAUGUGCCAGGCUUAACUAGAGAAAAUGUAGCAAGUCAUUUGCAGAAGUAUCGUAUAUUCUUAAAACGAGUUGCCGACAAAUGCGGUGGCACCUCAAAGGGCUUGUCAGACAGAUCCUUGAGGUCAAGCUUCGCAGCUGGCCUUCCCACACUGCUAUUGCAUAACCUCAAUUUCCCACAACAGCAUGGCCAGCAGCCAAUCAGAACAUCAUCAUCAUCAUCCUUCCAACCAGGAGUUGUACUAGGAGGCAAUACGGGGUCGUUUAAUGCUCCCACCCUCGGCCCUUUCCUUUAUUCCAACAAGGCCGCCGCCGCAAGUGCCACCUCUUUGCCUCCACUAGGACUUAAUAUUGGGCGGUGGCAUAAUUCCUCGAGGAAUCAAGCUAAUCUUAAUCUCCUGCAGCAGCCCUUGUUUGGCAACAUAAAUCCUCUUUAUCCACCAAAUCAGCCUAACAUGAAUAUUCUUGGAUCGAAUUAUCCAACGAUAGGUGCACAUUCAAUCCAAACGUGCCCAACUUCCAGAUAUGCCAAGGGAAACUAUGCUGGGAUUGAAUUAAGUAGUGGAGGAGAGCUGGUUGUUAAAGGUCCUUCAGCUGGAUUCAGUGGAACUUUUGUGGAAAAUCAUGAUGUUAACAAUAUUUCAGCUCUGGAGAAAUAUUGGACUACUGCUAAUUCUGGUUAUAUGGCUCAAGGAGGGUCUUCUUCUGCAAACCAAUUAUGGUCGCCGGGAGGAUUCGAUACUGUCAAUAAUUAUGAUCAACAUGAACAAGAUGAUUUUCUGAUCAUCCCACCACCGCAGCCACAGCAGCCUUACGGUGGUGCAAAAGUAGGAGAUCAAAGUGAUUGUUGUGAUGAUGAUGAUGAUCUGCUGCUGAUCAAUAACAUUUCUAGCUUAUUCGACGGCAUCCCUCCGGUGGAACAGUCAGACGAAGAUGAUCAUCUGAUCAGUGAUCUUUUUUUGGAGCAAGACGACAACCAAACUCCUGACGAUGGAUAUGAAGCCGAAGUGAAUCCUACUGCGAUUGAAGAAGUACACCAAAAUCCUGCUUCAGCCUGUGUGGAAGAAACUAUUGCACCUUCGAGUGAGCCAUCUUUUGUCAAGGCAAACGACAACGAACUCGGGGUCUCGGACGAGCUUUUUCGCAUGAUGUAUCAGGCGGAGAAUGGCCCCCCAGAAGAUAAUCUCUUUCCCAAUCAGGAAUGGGAGGACGAGUUCAUGAAUUCAAUAAUCUUUGGUAAUGGCCCGGAUCCUAAGGAGUGAUCAGAAGCUGGUGAUGAUCAAGAUCUAAAUCCAGUUGGGGAGAAGCUUUUAUAUAUAAUAAUCUGAGUUGAUUGGAUUUAGAUUACACAGUUAGUACAUAGUGAGAAUCUAAAUCCAGUUGAAGGGAAACUUUUUAAUCUUAGUUGAUUGGAUUUAGA